CAAAUUCAAAUUCAUUCGGUGACUUCUAAGAACCGUCCUCCCUUCCUCCGAUUUCUUCACUAAACGUCAAUCCACUAAUAUCGAUGAAGAAGCGCCAACUUCAAGAAAAGAAAGCAGUAGCAUCCCAUAACGAUCAAAAGACGAGAGUCCUACCCGUCGAGUGAUACAGGCGUUCCUUUCCUUGUUCUCCUCGUGCACUUUGCCAUUGUCGCUUUCAAUGUUAACGUCCACCUUCCUUUUCUCCCUUCUUUCUCAGCUUUUCCUCACUGUCGGGGCGGCGCCUACGCCAUUGGACAUUGGCGAUCUUCUUAGCAAGGCUGUAAACCUUCCCAACAAAGCGGUCGAGGUCAUUACUGCUGGGGCGAAGGGUGCUUUUGAUGAUAUCUUGGGAGCCACGGGGUCCAAUGUGACAACCAGCGUUAGCCCUUCAGAUUUGACGGCUGCCUUCUCUCGUCCUGCUUUCUUCAGCCGUGUCGUGUACUGCGCUAGCGCUGCUGUUCUUGCUUUCAGCUGUGGCGCACCGUGCGAUGCUCUUGGUGCAGAUUCAGUCGAGAUUCUGGGCACUGGUGGUGAUGGAGGGUACAUACCACGAUUUGUAAUUGCUCAUGAUAAAUUGACUAACUCGAUUUUCGUGGCGCACCAAGGCACUGACCCGAACAGUAUAAUUUCCAUCGCCAACGACGUCAAUUUCCCUCUCAUCCCAAUCGACACUAAAGUUUUCCCUUCGGCGGCGCAAAAAAACAUCCUUGUCCAUUUCGGCUUCCUCGACACAUUCUUACGAACCGCUCCGAUUGUCCUCUCCAUCGUCAAAUACGGGAUUUCCAGCACUGGAGCAACCACCGUAGUCCUUACAGGACAUUCCCUUGGCGCCACGCUAGCGACGCUCGAUGCGCUCAUGCUCAAUGACGCGCUCACCAGCGUAUCUAUCCGAACCACCACCUUUGGAUCUCCCCGUAUCGGCAACCAAGCUUUCGCCGAUUUUGUCGACGCUUCAUUCUCCAAUGGAAGCUACGCGAGGAUUACAAACAAGGAGGACCCUGUGCCGCAUGUGCCGUUAACUUUAAUGGGUUUUGUCCAUGCACAGGGAGAGGUACAUCUCGGAGAGGGAGGCGCCAGGGCGUGCAAGGGGCAGGAGAAUGGGUCGGCGGGGUGUGCGGAUGGGGUGGGGCUGUUAGCUACUGCCAAUGUAGAUGGGAUAAACGAUCAUUCUGGACCGUACUUUGAUGGGAUAUCGUUUGGUCAGGACCAGUGCCUCGCUUGAUUUUCUAUUUCUUCUUUUUCUCCGGUGGUAUAAAGGUUUUGUGUCUAUCGUUUUGCAGACAGCUAAUACUUUCAUCUCCAUCCAGGGCUUCGCUUUUAGAUCGUAUUUGUGCAACGGUGAUUGCCUCAAUGUUAAAA